GUCAGUGGCGCCAGGGUCUCACGUGAAGCGGACUUCCAACCAGUGUGAAAGUUGAUAUUCAAACACGUCUUCGGCAGAAAUGGAUUGGUUUAUGAUGAGCGGAUUAUCCCUCCUGUGAGCGCACGUUACCUCCUCAGUGAGGCUGUGAGUGCCGCACUUCCAUCGGGGUCCGUCGACCCUCCCAGGACGCCCGCACCGCGCUCCUCCAUCCGCCUCCACUGAGCUCCAGCUGUCGGUCAUAUGAGCGCAGCGUUCAGCUCUUCGUUCAUGGUGAUGCAGCGGCCACUCGGUAGCUCCACCGCCUUCAGCAUAGACUCUCUGAUCGGGGGAGCACCGCAGCCCAGCCCGGGACACUUUGUCUACACUGGCUACCCGAUGUUCAUGCCGUACCGGUCGGUGGUGCUGCAGCCGCCACCCCCUCCUCCACCUCCUCCGCCCGCCCUGCAGUCCACUCUCCCGGCCGCCCACCACGCGCAGAUCCCGGGCUUCUGCUCGAGCCUCGCACUCACCUCCACGCUCAUGGCCUCGUUGCCCGGAAGAUUCUCGCCGAGCCAGCAGCACCAGGACACGACAAGAAAGUUCGGCGGAGCUGCGCUGAGAGCGGAGGAGGACAAGUGUUUCUUGCCCGGAAAAGAAUCGUCGCUCCCGGCCUUCCACGACUCGGACACCCCGGUACAGACAUCAUCAGGUCGUGGGUCCAAUAAAGACGAACCCAGGGAGGAUGAGGGCAGCCGCAGGGACGAGAGCUUCUCCAUGGACAGCGACCUGGACUACAGCUCUGACGACAACCUCGCGAGCCACAAGGAGGACGGGGAAGGUGGCUCCGGGGGUCUGGACGAUCCCGGGCAUCUCCAUGGUUCUGGAGGGUCUGCCAGCGGCGGCUCGGGCGGCUCUGGAAAGAACCGUCGGCGGCGGACGGCGUUCACCAGCGAGCAACUUCUGGAGCUGGAGAAAGAGUUUCACUGCAAGAAGUACCUGUCUCUCACCGAGCGCUCGCAGAUCGCGCAUGCGCUCAAGCUGAGCGAAGUGCAGGUGAAGAUCUGGUUCCAGAACCGACGCGCCAAGUGGAAGCGGGUCAAGGCUGGAAAUGUCAACAACAAGUCCGGGGAGCCCUCGAGGAACCCGAAGAUCGUGGUUCCGAUUCCGGUGCACGUAAGCCGCUUCGCUAUUCGGAGCCAGCACCAGCAGAUGGAGCAGACCCGGCCGUAGAAGACGACCUCUCUGACCAUUCUGAACUUGAUUAAAAAAAAAACAAAAAACAAAAAAAAACUGCGCGGCUCAAGUCCUGAGCGCACUUAACGCCACACCGAUUUUUUUUUCAAACAUUCAAAUUCAGUGACACCGACAGAUAAUUGGAAUAAUGAAUAACUCGAUGUUGCGUUUCUUAAACGAAAUAUAAGACAGCUAUGCGGUUACAAUUCAAGAGUUAUGAUUACAUAGUCAUUUUUUACGGCUUUUAAAAAUAUUGAAAUUAACAAAUUGGAAACUCCGUCUCUUUCAAAACGGCACAUCGUUCAAACGCAUUUUAUACAGUGAUGUGUCGCCCGACUGAGUCGACCGUGGGAGGAAUCGUUUUUAAAAUGACGAAAAAUGACUUUUUUUUAAAAAGCGGAGUCUGGUGUGGUGUGGUGAAGUACAUGCAGGCCUGCUGCCAAGAACUGUCAAUGACGUCAUGUGUAAAUAAGCACCGGGACCAAACUGACGCUCGUCAAAUUUCAUCACUAUCUAGAACACUUCAGUUUUCAAACUGUCUUUUGUCUGUGGAACAAAUUUUAGAUGUUCGCGUGCUUUAUUCCAUUGAUUUUAAAAAAAUAUUAUUAUUAUUUGGAUGGUAAAAUGAAGCUGCUAAUUUAUUUGUAUAAAAGUGUAACUAACAUUCCUGGCGUUUAAAAAAAUAUACAAGUGUGAAUUAAAGAUGAAAC